CAAACAACUAACUAAGGGGUUGGGGGGGCACAUCAUUAACACGUCCAUUUUCUCUUGGGACGUCUCUAGCACCCUCUCCUUCCUCACUCGUCGCCAUGUUCUUAAGCUCCCGUUUCCGCCCCCUAAUCCUCACCUGAUUCCUGUCGGAUUUUUCACUUAUCCCUGUGCCCAAACGCAUCUGCCUUUUGAUUUCUCCUUCGGAAUCCCACUCGCUCACCACAAUUCUAGAUUAUCAAUCAUGAGCUUUCAAGAUCUGGAAGCGGGAAGGCCGCAGGCGUCGAGGCAAAACCAGAUCAACGGAAAGCAGGAUGCCACUCAAGCUGUUGCCUCCGGUAUUUUCCAGAUCAACACCUCCGUCUCCACCUUCCAGCGCCUCGUCAAUACCCUCGGGACACCCAAGGAUACCCCCGAACUCCGCGAGAAGUUACGCAAGACACGACUACAUAUUGGGCAGCUGGUGAAGGAUACUUCCGCUAAACUUAAACAAGCUAGUGAAACUGAUCAUCAGGCCAAUGUUAGCGCAAGCAAGAAAGUCACUGAUGCUAAACUUGCAAAAGAUUUUCAAGCAGUUCUGAAGGAGUUUCAGAAGGCUCAACGGCUGGCAGCUGAAAGGGAAACAGCUUAUACUCCUUUUGUUCCCCAGGCAGUUGCUUCUUCUAGCUACGAAGCCAGUGAGGUAGAUGUCAGUUCAGAUAAAACUGGUGAACAGCGUGCUCUUCUUGUGGAAUCUAGAAGACAGGAGGUAUUGCUUUUGGACAAUGAGAUUGCAUUCAAUGACGCUAUCAUUGAGGAAAGAGAGCAGGGAAUUCAAGAAAUCCAGCAGCAAAUUGGUGAGGUGAAUGAAAUUUUUAAAGAUCUUGCCGUGCUGGUCCAUGAGCAGGGAGCUAUGAUUGAUGACAUUGGCUCCCAUAUUGAGAAUUCCCAGGCUGCAACAGCACAGGGGAAAUCACAACUUGCAAAAGCUGCAAAGACUCAAAGAUCAAAUUCAUCUCUGGCCUGCUUGCUCUUGGUGAUUUUUGGAGUUGUGCUUCUCAUCGUAAUUAUCGUACUUGUGGCAUGACCAAAUUAUAAAGCACAGUCUGCUCAGACAACGAGAGGGUGUUCUCUUUGCUAAUAUUUUUUUUUUAUCAUGUCCUUUGAAGAAAAGUCAUGGCUAUCUGAAGUGUGUCAGUUUAUAGUCCGAGUUAUUAGUAGAUAAUGUUUGGCUAUCCAUUUAUGAUAUUCAGUUCUUUACUUGGGUGGGAUGCCUCCUUUUCUGUUACUUUGUGUCCAGGGUUUCACGGGGUGGAUAUGUUACAGCUUCUGUGUAGUGGUCUUUUUUCUUCUUAAAUUAUAAUAAAAUUUGUAAUUCUUUGGUUUUUAAUUGCAUUAUUUAUUUAUUAUUAUUUUUUUAAUACAUUUGAGUUUAGAUG